GUUCAUCCAGGAUUGGUGUUUCGGAGAAUUAUACACUACUUUGGAAGGCGCUAAGAUCUCAGGAACCGGUUCAAAGCAGUACGUAUCGGGAAUUGAUUGUAGACUUCGGAGGCUCAGUGGCCGGUUAAACAUCAGACUCGUGAAUGUCGAUCCUCAAUUCGAUCGAGUACAAGAACGUCAUCUCGUCCUGCUUUAAUGUGUUUCUCUUCUCUCCAUCUUCUGCUUCCUCCCCCAUCCAGCACGGACCAAACCAUCAGCCAUCAAGAUGCUUGCCGAAACUUUCAUUACCGCGGCCCUCUUCGCCACUUCGGCGCUCGCCGCCCCGGCUCCCAACCCCGUUCAGCUGAUGAGCCGCGCCCCCCAACCGGGCGUCGUCAUCAGGCAGUGCGCCCAGCCUGGCAUGCUCGCACUCGCAUACGAUGACGGCCCGGGCCAAUACACCUCGAGGCUGGUCGACAUCCUUGACGCCGCCGGUGCCAAGGCCACCUUCUUCAUGACCGGCACUUUGUACGGCUGCAUCUACAACCAGGCUGCGGCCAUCAAGAAGGCCUUUGCUAGCGGUCAUCAGUUGGCUUCGCAUACUUGGUCCCACGGCCAUAUGAAUUCCUUCUCCGCCGCCCAAGUCGCCUCCGAGAUGACCAAGGUCGAAACCGCCUUCGCCAACCUCGUCGGCAAGAAGCCGCGCUACAUGCGUCCUCCCUUCCUCGAGACCGGCAACCAGGUCCUCCCCGUCCUCAAGUCCAUGGGCUACAAGGUGAUCACAGACGACGUCGACUCGGGCGACUGGAACAGGCAGACGCCGGCGCAGUCGGAAGCCAAGUUCAUGCAGGCGGGUGCGCGCGGCAAUGGCCACAUCCCGCUGAUGCAUGAGGUGUAUCAGUCAACGGUCGAGCAGUUGACGCCGUGGUUGAUCAACUGGGCCAAGCAGAACAACUUGAGACUGGUUACCGUGGCGGAGUGCUUGGGAGAUAAGAAUGGAAUGUACCAACCGCAGAGUUUCCCCGUGCAUCAGGGACCGCUUUCGUGCUAGGUACCUACCUACAGGAGGUUAGAAUUGAUAAGUUGAGGGGCAGGAGGAACGAAGGGUAUAUUGGGUUGGGA